AUGGACAUCCCGGCGACGAUGCGCUCGCUUGUGGCGCCGCGACAAGGUGGACCUGAGGUUUACGAGGUGCGGGAAGUGCCGGUGCCGAGCAUCACGCUGCCGACGCAUGUGCUCUUGAGGAUGCAUGCGGCGGCGGCGAACACGGGAGAGCUGCAGGCCGUAGCUGGGAAGAUGAAGCUAUUUCAUACGCCAAAAUAUCCAGCGCAGAUUGGCGCAGAGGGCUCCGGCGUUGUCGUCGCCGUCGGGUCCGGGGUCAAGGACCUCAAAGUUGGCGACGAGGUGUUCGGGGCGUACAUCGACAAGCCCAUGUUCCGGCUGCCACCGCCCGGCUUCAUCUCCGAGUACGCGGUGGCCGAGGAGCGCUUCCUGCUGCGCAAGCCGGCACAUCUCUCUCUCUCGGAGGCAGCCGCCCUGACAGCCGUGGUGGUGACUUCGUACCAGACGUGGCGGCGCGGCCUGCAGCUCAUGGGCGCCGACAGCCUCGAGGGCAAGACGGUGUACAUCCCCGCCGGGCUGAGCAGCACGGGGGCCAUGGCGGCGCAGGUGGCCAGGAACGUCUUGGGCGCGAGCCGCAUCAUCACGACGGUGUCGACGCCCAAGCUGCCGCUGGUCGAGCAGUAUCUGCCGGGCAUCUACGACCAGGUCAUCGACUACAAGACGCAGCGGCCGCGGGACCAGGUGGCGCCGGGCAGCGUGGACAUCAUGUACAACACGCAGUGGAACAGCAUGGACGAGGGCAUCCCGCUGCUCAACCCCGAGACGGGGGUGCUCAUCUCCAUCACCAGCGCGCCGUCCAAGGCCACGGCGAGGAAGAUUAUCGGCGCGGAUAGAUUCAGCUGGUGGAUCGGCUUGCUGCUGGACCUGGCGCAGCUGGUGUACCGGUGGAAGCUCCGGGGCACGAGCAUCAAGUACGAGAUGGUGUCGGGCAGCCUGGAGAUCCGGGAGGAUUUGGAGAAGGCGGGCGAGAUUGUGGCUCUGGGAAAGGCGAAGCCGGUGAUGAGGACGGUGGAACUGGGGGAUCUGGAGGCGGUGAAGAAGGGGUGCGAGGAGGUGGUUAGUGGAAAGGGGGGGAUCGGGAAGCUGGUGGUGAAGAUUUGA